AAAGGGGAGGCGGGGUAGGGGGAACCAAUCCCGGCAGUGCCGGAGGGGGAGGCAGCGGUGACAGCCGCGGGGAGGGGGCGGGAGGAGCGAGGCGGCUCGGCUUGGCUCCGCGCUCAGCAGCUCAGCUCCGCUAGGGCUCUGGGUCUGCGCUCUCCAGCUACCCAAGCCUCCCACUUCUGCCCCAGUGUUCCCUACCUAGACCCAGCCCCUGGCCCUGGCCCCAGACUCUAACCCCAGCCCCGACUCUCCUGACUCCCAGCCCCAGCCCCGGCAGCGCGCUACACCGCCAGGGGGCGCCUUGUGAGCGCCUGGCCCCAGCCACCCGGCGCCCCCUCCCCCGGCCCAAGCGGGACGGGAGGGGGUCGCCGGGGGCGAUGCGGGGCCAGGGCCGCAAGGAGAGUCUGUCCGAUUCUCGAGACCUGGACGGCUCCUACGACCAGCUCACGGGCCACCCUCCAGGGCCCACUAAAAAAGCGCUGAAGCAGCGGUUCCUCAAGCUGCUGCCGUGCUGCGGGCCCCAAGCUCUGCCCUCAGUCAGUGAAAUUGUCUGGGUCUUCCGCUUUCUCGGUGACAGUUCGCUCCCUUCAGCAUUAGCCGCCCCAGCCUCCCUCCACCCCUACAGACCCCGCCCGCUGGACCCAGACAGCGUGGAGGAUGAGUUUGAAUUGUCCACUGUUUGUCACCGGCCUGAGGGUCUGGAGCAGCUGCAGGAGCUAACCAAGUUCACGCGCAAGGAGUUGCAGGUCCUGUACCGGGGCUUCAAGAACGAAUGUCCGAGUGGAAUUGUCAAUGAGGAGAACUUCAAGCAGAUUUACUCCCAGUUCUUUCCUCAAGGAGACUCCAGCACCUAUGCUACUUUUCUCUUCAAUGCCUUCGACACCAAUCAUGAUGGCUCAGUCAGUUUUGAGGACUUUGUGGCUGGUUUAUCAGUGAUUCUUCGGGGGACCGUUGACGACAGGCUAAACUGGGCCUUCAACUUGUAUGACCUCAACAAGGAUGGUUGCAUCACCAAGGAGGAAAUGCUUGACAUCAUGAAGUCCAUCUAUGACAUGAUGGGCAAAUACACGUAUCCUGCACUCAGGGAGGAGGCUCCCAGGGAACAUGUGGAGAGCUUCUUUCAGAAGAUGGAUAGGAACAAGGAUGGUGUAGUGACCAUUGAGGAGUUCAUUGAGUCUUGUCAAAAGGAUGAGAACAUCAUGAGGUCAAUGCAGCUCUUUGACAAUGUCAUCUAG